GAGUAUGAAAAGGGUGGUGAGGGCGACUGUCUUCCUCGGGGCCUCGCUCUCUUCUCUCCCUGAGGCCCCCACAGCAUUCCUUCCGCCGUCUGAUUUACUAAGACAGUCCUGCGCGACUGGGGAGGGGAAAGUCACUGACUGCAAUGACGCUAACUCGGCCUCUGACUCAAAGGGCUCAUUUGCAUACAAUUUGCAUGUUAAUAUACUUAUAGAAGUACCCAGCAUAUCAAUACUUCUUAAACUGGGCACCCACGCCCUCCAGCCCGCACUGCCAUUUAUCCACCAACUUGUACUUCCUUUUCGGCUUCCUUAGUCGAGCAAACGCUAUCUUUUAGUUCCGCCUCUCAAGUGUUGGCCCCUCCUCCUACCCCCGCCCGCUCCUCCCCUCCGAGCUUCCAAACAUCUUUUCCCCGCCCCCUUUUCUUUUUCUGAACAGGCGUGUUCCAGGCAGCUCACCCGACUCCUUAGAUUACUAUGGCGUCGGAAGGGUCCUGAGCGUCGGGGAAGCAGAAAAGCAAAUCCCGGGAGAAGGGCUGGGGAUCAGAAGAAGAACCUUACAUCGAGACCGGCUGGAGGGUUGUUUGUUUGUUUUUUUGGUCCUGGUAUUGCGGCCCUGUCCAACUUGAGGCAGUGUGAAGGCCCCUUCAGGCAGCGCUGCGGGCAGCCCCGCAGCCGGGGCCUGGUGCAGCCGCCGCGGCCGCUGUCAGGGAAGCGCAGGCGGCCAAUGGAACCCGGGAGCGGCCGCUGCUGCUGAGGCGGCGGUGUCGGCAGUCCGACCCCGACCGCCUGCACCCCUUCUGCUGGGGUCCUCCGGAGGAUCAGCUAAACCUUGAACUAUGAAGAAAAUGUGUUGGGAGGAGGGGGAGCCUCAGCUGUCUCAGGCUUUUCUGAACAGAAGGGUGUUUCUGAAGGAUGGAGCAAGUUUUGAAGAAGUCCCUAUCAGAUUACACUUUGUUGACUACUCAGGAGCAGCCACUAGGAGGGAUGAACAGGCCUGCAUGGAAACUGAAUGAGUUGAGAAAACUGAAACUCAGAAGAUACGUGGCUUGCAUAAGUCUGUACAUCUCAUAAAGGCAGAGUGAGAAUCUGAACCCCAGCCUAUCUGCCUCCAAGUCCAGGGUUCUUUCCACUGUACUUCAGCUGCCACAGCCCUGGAGAAAGGCUUGGAAGCUUGAAGUCUGGCUGUAGCCAUGGGAGACACGGUAGUGGAAUCUGCCCCCCUGAAUCCAACUUCCGAGCCUACUCCUGGCCCACCAGGGAAUAAUGGGGGCUCCUUGCUAAGCGUCAUCACAGAGGGGGUCGGGGAACUAUCAGUGAUUGACCCUGAGGUGGCCCAGAAGGCCUGCCAGGAGGUGCUGGAGAAAGUCAAGCUUUUGCAUGGAGGCAUGGCUGUCUCUAGUAGAGGCACCCCACUGGAAUUGGUCAAUGGGGAUGGUGUGGACAGUGAGAUCCGUUGCCUAGACGACCCGCCUUCCCAGAUCAGAGAGGAGGAAGAUGAGAUGGGGGCCACUGUGGCCUCAAGCACAGCCAAAGGAGCAAGAAGGCGGCGGCAGAACAACUCAGCCAAACAAUCUUGGCUGCUGAGGCUGUUUGAGUCAAAACUAUUUGACAUCUCCAUGGCUAUUUCAUACUUGUAUAACUCCAAGGAGCCUGGAGUGCAAGCCUACAUCGGCAACCGGCUCUUCUGCUUUCGCAAUGAGGAUGUGGACUUCUAUCUGCCCCAGUUGCUUAACAUGUACAUCCACAUGGAUGAGGACGUGGGUGAUGCCAUUAAGCCCUAUAUCGUCCACCGUUGUCGCCAGAGCAUUAACUUUUCCCUCCAGUGUGCCCUGUUGCUUGGGGCUUACUCUUCAGACAUGCACAUUUCCACUCAGCGACACUCCCGUGGGACCAAGUUACGGAAGCUAAUCCUCUCAGAUGAGCUGAAGCCAGCUCACCGAAAGAGAGAACUUCCCUCCUUGAGCCCAGCCCCUGAUACCGGGCUGUCUCCCUCCAAAAGGACUCACCAGCGCUCUAAGUCAGAUGCCACCGCCAGCAUAAGUCUCAGCAGCAACCUGAAACGGACAGCCAGCAACCCUAAAGUGGAGAAUGAGGAUGAGGAGUUCUCCUCCAGCACCGAGAGUAUUGAUAAUCCAUUCAGUUCCCCUGUCCGACUGGCCCCCGAGCGAGAAUUCAUCAAGUCCCUAAUGGCAAUUGGAAAACGGCUGGCCACGCUCCCCACCAAAGAGCAGAAAACACAGCGGCUGAUCUCAGAGCUCUCCCUGCUCAACCAUAAGCUCCCUGCCCGAGUCUGGCUGCCUACUGCUGGCUUUGACCACCACGUGGUCCGCGUGCCCCACACACAGGCUGUUGUCCUCAACUCCAAGGACAAGGCUCCCUACCUGAUCUACGUGGAAGUCCUUGAAUGUGAAAACUUCGACACCACCAGUGUCCCCGCCCGAAUCCCUGAGAACCGAAUUCGGAGCACACGAUCUGUAGAGAACCUGCCUGAAUGUGGCAUCACCCACGAGCAGCGGGCUGGCAGCUUUAGCACUGUGCCCAACUAUGACAAUGACGAUGAAGCCUGGUCGGUGGAUGACAUAGGCGAGCUGCAGGUGGAGCUCCCUGAAGUGCACACCAACAGCUGUGACAACAUCUCCCAGUUUUCCGUGGACAGCAUCACCAGCCAGGAGAGCAAGGAGCCUGUGUUCAUUGCAGCAGGGGAUAUCCGACGGCGCCUUUCUGAACAGCUGGCUCACACCCCCACAGCCUUCAAGCGAGACCCAGAAGACCCUUCUGCAGUGGCACUCAAAGAGCCCUGGCAGGAGAAAGUACGGAGGAUCAGAGAAGGCUCUCCCUAUGGCCAUCUCCCCAAUUGGCGGCUCCUGUCAGUCAUUGUCAAAUGUGGAGAUGACCUUCGGCAGGAGCUGCUGGCCUUCCAGGUGUUGAAACAACUGCAGUCCAUUUGGGAACAGGAGCGAGUGCCCCUUUGGAUCAAGCCAUACAAGAUUCUUGUGAUUUCGGCCGACAGUGGCAUGAUUGAACCAGUGGUCAACGCUGUGUCCAUCCACCAAGUAAAGAAACAGUCUCAGCUCUCGCUGCUCGAUUACUUCCUACAGGAGCAUGGCAGUUACACCACUGAGGCAUUCCUCAGUGCCCAGCGUAAUUUUGUGCAAAGUUGUGCUGGCUACUGUCUGGUCUGCUAUCUGCUGCAAGUCAAGGACAGACACAAUGGGAAUAUCCUUUUGGAUGCAGAAGGCCACAUCAUCCACAUCGACUUUGGCUUCAUCCUGUCCAGCUCACCCCGAAACCUGGGCUUUGAGACAUCAGCCUUUAAGCUGACCACAGAGUUUGUGGAUGUGAUGGGUGGCCUGCAUGGCGACAUGUUCAACUACUAUAAGAUGCUGAUGCUGCAAGGGCUGAUUGCUGCUCGGAAACACAUGGAUAAGGUGGUGCAGAUCGUGGAGAUCAUGCAGCAAGGCUCUCAGCUUCCUUGCUUCCAUGGUUCCAGCACCAUCCGCAACCUCAAAGAGAGGUUCCACAUGAGCAUGACCGAGGAGCAACUCCAGCUGCUGGUGGAGCAGAUGGUGGAUGGCAGCAUGCGGUCCAUCACCACCAAACUCUACGACGGCUUCCAGUACCUCACCAAUGGCAUCAUGUGACACCCUCCUUCUUGGGCCUAAGAGUGGUGGGGGGAUCCAGGGUACCCUCUCCUGGGAGAGCCCUUGUCUGAGAAAUCACAAACCAGGAAACCCCAUCUACCCAACCAUCCACCCAAGGGAAAUGGAAGGCAAGAAAUAUAAAGGAUCAUGUGGUAACUGCGAGCGCUUGCCAGGGUGGGAGGAGCCGGCCAUGGGGUGCAGGCUUGCUGGGGCUUCCCGCCCCUCAUCGUGUAUUACCAUCUGACAGGUUCCAGGACUCCCUGCCCUCCAGAGAAUAGAGGUGAUGAAUGCGAGGGGCACCUGGCCCUCCUCCCUCUCACCGGACCCGAGAGGUUCUUUCCACAGGCUGCCCCUUAUCUGUUCUGAGUCCCAGGAAGAGGGAAGAAUAGGUUCUUGGUUUCUUGGUACUUAGGACUUGAUCCUGUGGUUGGCCUUUGGCCAUGCUGCUGCCCGACUCUAGAUACUCUCCCAGGGACUGACCCCUGCCAGAGUUCCCCUUGAUAGGUGGGCUCUGUCACAGGGUCCUGCACUUGCUGAGGUUCCCCAUCAGUGGGAUUGAGAAGGGGAAUUACAAUCCCUCCAGUUAUUGAGGGUAUUGACCUAGCCAUGGGGAAUUCCUACCCCUGAUCCCUUCCUCAUACCCAGGGAAACAACUCUCAAUUUUUUAUUUUUUGUUUGAAAUAAAGUCCUUAGUUAGC